UUCGUACAAACGAAAUUAAGAUUCCCUCCUCUUGUCCAAUAAGCAUCAUCAGAUCAUCUGAAAAUAACAGCGACGACCUUGAGAACUACUUGCUUAGGUUUGAUGUAUUACUUGAAAAGAAAAUAACAUAUGUUUGUGAAAGGUUACAGGUUACCAACAGGCUUCACGACAAUAACAGCAGUAUUUGGUUAUCCUCAAGCGGCAAACAACUUACUCUCAAAUUUUUAGCGUUCGAUAAUUUACGUGUAGACAAGAAGUUUGUAAUGAAGGAAAGGGACCCAUCUAAAGGUGGCUUUAAAGUUAUUAGAGAUGGCCUUAUCGAAAUCGCAGUUCCAGAUAAGGUGAGUAGAGGACAAACCGAUGACAACAUCAUAGGCAACAUUAUAAACACUACUCUCGGGAAAGUUGCCUCUAGCAGAGCAAAAGUGGUCGCAUUCCUGAUUUCGCCUUUUGCAAACUGGAAUUUCAAUAGUAUCAUGAAAUGUAUGGUAAACAGUUUCGUUGAAUGGCUGUUGAGACCAGGAAUAGAUGAAGGUUUUUCAGUGACACUUUGUGUAGCAAAUCACUCUGAUUUUGUGGAAACAGAUGCAUAUUUUGGAUCUCGUUUAUGGACCAGAAUGAAAGAGUUUAAUCAACCAAAAAUUAAAAUUGAAAAAGGACAUUUGGACAAGGCUGUUGCUGAUGUAAUAGUAAAUACUUUCUCUCCGGAUUUGGACCUUCUAAAUGGCAAAGUUUCUUUAGCACUUCUUAAAGCUGCUGGUCGGGGACUUCAGGAGGAAUGUACAAAAGGGUUCUCUGACGGAAUAAACCCUGAUAUUAUUGUUGUAACUGGUGGCUACGCACUAAAUUGCAAGGCAGUUUUUCACAUUACUCUUCACACUCUUCAAAGAGAACGAAUAUCGGAAUGUUCUAUAUCAACAGCAUCUGACUACAACUAUGAAUCCAUAGCAUUUCCAGCAAUUGGUACAGGUCCGCUUAAAUAUCCAAUAGAAGAAGUGGCCUCUGAAAUGGUAAUGGCAAUAGAAAGGUUUACAAAAUACUACAUAAAAGCAGUUCCAAUAAAAGAAGUACUGAUUGUCAUACAUCCGAAAGAUUCAGAUUUAUUUGAGACCUUCCAGAGAAUGGUUAAACAGCUAGGAACGCGCUCAAUCCGUGCUUCAUCAAGUAGUGCACGGAACAGUUUAACAAAAGAAAACAUUCCUAUUAAAAGCAUUCUAUUGGAGUUUUCUUCUGUGAUACAAGAAAAUCUUAAGAGAGAUAGUCCAACCUUAACCAUUAGAUUCAGAGAAAAUGGUGAUAACGUUGAAUGUAUAUUAGGUGGUACUACACAGGAAGUAGGGAAUGCUAAGUCUAAUUUACUUUCCAUGGAGAGGGAUCUUAAGGAAAAGAAAUUAUUGUUCGCAACAAAUACAUGUUCAGAUCUUAAACGUUUUUCUAUAGAUAUAGAACACAUCGUGAGUAAUGUACUGAAGAACGGUAAUCAGCAUUGCGUCGCCAAACAGGUUAAUAACGAAGUCUUCCUUUAUGGAUUCGACAGAAAUGUGAUUGAUAAAGCAGCCACGUAUUUGUCGAGAAAUAUUUCUCAUAAAGAUUUCAUGCUUUGUGGUAGCCUAAGAGAAAAGAAAGCAGCUGUUACUGAUCAUUUUAAGAAAGGAUAUCAAGACAGAAUAGUUGUUUAUAUUGAUGAGACCUGUCGUCUUAACUUACUAGGUCAGAAAAACGCCGUUGACGAAGCAUGCUCUGAGUAUGUAGAAAUCAGUGAGGGAAGAAAGUCAAUUUCGCCGACGAAUAUGCUUCCACAAGGAAAAACAAAAGUUACACAAAAGUUUGGUCCGCUUGAACCAUUUCUUUUCAGAUUUUUUAGCAAGUCAGUUCAGCUUGAACAGGUGGUAAAUUUGGAAAAAGUUGGUGUAGAAAGGGCUGAAUCAGAUUGUUCCUUUUUUAUUAAAGGCGAGGAAGAAAAUGUUUUACGGGCUAUUGGAUAUCUGAAUGAAAUCUCACCGUCUAUUUGUACAAAUAAACUGAAGAUUUCCUCCUCGGGUCCAAUAAGCAUCAUCAGAUCACCUGAAGAUAAAGGCGAGUUUGAGAAACACUUACAAAAGUUUAAUGUAUUACUUGAAAAGAAAAUAACAUAUGUUUGUGGAAGGUUACAGGUUACCAACAGGCUUCACGACAAUUACAGCAGUAUGUGGUUAUCCUUAAGUGGCAAAACACUUACUGUCAAAUUUUCAGCGUUCGAUGAUUUAUGUGUAGACAAGAAGUUUGUGAUGAACAAGAGGGAUCCAUCUAAAGGUGUCAAAUUUAAAGGUAUAAACGAUGUUCUUGUCGAAAUCGCUGUUCCGGAUAAGGUUAGCCGAGGACAAACCGAUGACAACACGAUAGGCGAGAUUAUAAACACUACUCUUGGGAAAGUUGCUUCUAGCAGCGCAAAAGUGGUAGCAUUUCUGAUUUCGCCUUUUGCAAAUUGGGAUUUCAAAAGUAUCAUGAGAAUUAUGGUAAACAGUUUCGUUGAGUGGCUGAUGACAUCAGGAACAGCUGAAGAGUUUGUUCAACCAAAAAUUAGAAUUGUAAAAGGAUAUUUGGACAAGGCUGUAGCUGACAUUAUAGUAAAUACUGCUUCUCCGGAUUUGGACCUUAGUUAUGGUAAAAUAUCUUCAGCACUACUUAAAGCUGCUGGUCAGGGACUUCAAGAAGAAUGUAAAAAACAGUUCACUGGCGGAAUAAAACCCGAUAUUAUUGCUGUAACAAGUGGCUACGCACUUAAUUGCAAGGCUGUUUUUCACAUCACUCUCCAACGGGCACGGUCAUUGGAUCGCUUUAUUAUAAGUAUACGGAAUGCAAUGAUGCUUUGUUUAAGAACGGCAUCUGGAUACAACUAUAAAUCAAUAGCAUUUCCAGCAAUGGGUACCGGUUCGCUUAAAUAUCCAAUUAAGGAAGUGGCCUCUGAAAUGGUAAUGUCAAUGGAAAGAUAUACAAAGGAAUAUGAAAAAGCAGCUCCGAUAAAUGAAGUACAGAUUGUGGUACACCCAAACAAUUUAGAUAUAUUUGAGACCUUCCAAAGAAUGGUUGACAAGCUAGUGGUAACGCCUACAGAAGUCAAUAUCAUUUUUGAAAUCACUGGAAUGGAAAAAAAUGUGGGUAAAUGUCAAUCAUGGCUCCAGUCUAAAGGUAGACUAACUCCAGAAACACAGACGCACAAAUUCCCUCACGAGGGAAAUAGUGUGCAAGCAACUCCGGAUAAUGCGCCUUCUGUAACACGUCAAAGUCCAGGUACUUCUCACUCUCCAACCGAUCGAUUGCCAGAUACCGGUGGACGUUUUACCAGUGCCAGACCAGAUAGUGCUCAUUUCAAUUUUACUGGCAAACGCUGGCCAGGUGUUGCACAUUCCGUCAUCGGGCACAAUUCAGAUAUUGCAAAUGUCAACAAUUCAAAGUUUAUCAAACAGGAAACAUUUGUCAAUACUGAUGAAGCUGUUAAAGAUCACACAAUUAAAAAUAUCACAAGGGAUCGCCCUGCAUGUUUGAAUAUUUCAUAUGAAUACGACAACAAAACGCUUGUGUGCAAAUUUGAUGAGGUUGGUAUACAGGUUCAAAUUUAUAGUGGAGAUAUAAUCAACUUGCAAAGAAUACAAGCUGUUGUAUGUAGCGAAAACAAAGUAGGAAAUGCCAAAGGUAUCGUAGCGAAGUUAUUGUCGAAAAAUGGAGGUGAAGAAUACCUGCGGGAUAAGGCAACUAAGUUUCGUUGUAUGCCAUCAGUUGGUGAUAUUGUCACAACUUCUGGAGGGAGAAACAGCUAUAUGUGGAUAAUACAUGCUAUUAUGCCGCGGAAAGAGCCACCAGCAAUACGCACAAUGUACCGAAAAAUAUUUGAAGAAGUUGCAGAAAGAAGAUUUACAUCUGUAUCCUUGCCCUUAUUAGGAACAGGUGUAGGUGAUGUGGAUGCAAGAACAUGCACAGAAAUGCUUUUGAAUGAACUAAUACAGUUUUAUCAAACAAGAAAAUGGGAUAAACUCACGAUUCAUGUAGUAAUUAAUGACGAGCAAGUUGCAGUUAUUGUCAAAGAUGUGUUUACUAAGACUAUAGACGAGAUGAAUGCCUCAUAUAAAGAAGAACAACUAGACACAGACAAAUCUGUAAUAAGCAAACUAAAGAGCGAAGCAUCUGGUGGAGAAAUACAUGAAUCACAUGACCAAUUUCCACAUAAAGAAGAACAACUUGACGAAGACAAAUCUGUAGUAAGCAAAUUAAAGAGCGAAGCAUCUGGUGGGGAUGUACAUGCAUCACAUGAUCCAUUUCCACAUAAAGAAGAACAACUUGAUGAAGACAAAUCUGUAAUAAGCAAAUUAAAGAGUGAAGCAUCUGGUGGGGAUGUACUUGAAUCAAAUGAUCGAGUUGAAGCCGUGGAAGACUGUGUUAUAUGUAUGGAUAAAGUCGUAGACGAAAAGAAACUUCCUUGUGGACACGUGUUUUGUGCAGAAUGCAUCGAAGGAUACUUCAGAGUGAGAAUGGUAUGUCCUACGUGUGGGAAAGUUUGCGGGAUCGUAACUGGAGAUCAACCUGAUGGAAGAAUGGAAAUUGUGAAGCAACCUGCCUCUGUUGCAGGAUAUGAGAAAUAUAAAAGCAUUGCUAUAUGCUACACUUUCGAUUCAGGAAUACAAGGGGCUGAACAUCCACACCCUGGGAUGGCUUAUAAAGGCAUACGACGUACUGCCUACUUACCAGAUAACCAACAAGGCAGACAAAUAUGUUGCAUGUUAACAGUUGCAUUUGAACGUCGUCUUGUAUUCACCAUAGGGACUUCAAGAACAACCGGAAAAGAGAGUGUGAUAACAUGGAAUGAUGUCCAUCAUAAAACAGAUAUGAGGCCAAACACGCAGUUUGGUUAUCCAGACGACACAUAUCUUCAGAGAGUAGGUGAAGAACUGGGAGUCAAAGGUGUUACGUUGCAAAAUGUGGAUCAGCAAUUGCUGAGAGAACUUGAAGAUGAUCAAUUUAGAAAAGUCAUUACGAAAAUGGAAAAAUAGAGUUCGGAAUGUUCAGAAUAUGCUUUUAAAUUGCAUUUAGUUGAUCAUGUGAAGAAAAGGAAAACUAAAAUAUGAUUUAAAAUUUCGUGGAAUACAAAUUAUUGUCCUUAUUUACCAUGAUUAUUAUACACAUAGUAACUUA